UGAGAGUGCGGAGAGCAAUGGUUCUCAUUCUGUAUAUGAUGGAGAUCAGCCCACCUUGUAGGGCAGUGCUUAUGACAAUCAAGUACUUGGGGAUACAAGCGGAAUUAAGAGAAGAAAAUUUAGUCAUUGGUCAUCCAAGGCGACAUCCGGAAUUUUUAAAAAUCAAUCCACGGUCCUGUGUUCCUACGAUAGAUGAUGACGGCUUUUAUUUAUGGGAAAGUCGAGCUAUUAUGACCUAUCUUGUCAACAAGUAUGCACCUAGCAAUCCUAUCUACCCAAAGGAUCCUAAGAAAAGAGCUUUGGUGGACAUGAUGUUAAAUUUCGAUCAAGGGUCUCUUUACAGAUCCCAAGUGGAAUAUCUGUAUCCUCUCAUAUUCCGGGGAGAGACGCCGGAUGUGACAAAAGAAUACAGUUAUAAAAGUUCUUUGUUCAUGCUGGAGCAUACACUAGAGAUGAAUACUUACGUAGCGGGCAAACAGCUCACUCUGGCAGAUUUGUCCAUUGUGGCUAGUAUCUCUUUGGCUGAAGUAUACAAUUAUGACCUGAAGCCUUAUCCCAAAAUCUUAAGAUGGCUGAGCAGGUUGAAAAAGGAACUGCCAUUUUACAGAGAAGUGAAUGAGAUUCCUCUGCUACAAUUUAAGUUCUGGUACAAACCAUGCUUCGAUAGUGAUGACGAGGAUAAGUUUUUGGAUUGCAAUCUGGACACCACAAGAUUAUAACAAAGGGUAGAGCUUCCUCGCAAAACUUAACUUUCAUUCCAAGAGAGGAAACACCUUUUUUUUUUUCGUCAGAACUCUUCAUACAGCAUUAGGUUCAUACUGCAGCUUUCCAGAAGAAAUAAUCUCCACAUCCAGUACAAAAAUGCAUGCAACUGCGUCAUGUAAGACAUGGAUAUCAUUACAAGGACUAAUAAAUCCAUUCAUUCAUUAGAAGGAGAAUUUCUUUUAUAUUUGUUGGAAGGAAUUCAGUAGAGACAGCGUGGUAAAGAUAGGUGAUGCGUAAGAAGCUAUAUAGUGAACCACACAGUAUUUUUCCACUUCGUUCGACAUAUUGUCGGGAAUGUGUUAAUAAAAGAGGAAAUAAUUUUACUCCUAUUUGUGCAGAAUAGACAUUAAUAAUUUUUUAAAAAUUCUUAAGGCUACUUUUUGAUUCUUCGGCGGCGUACAAAUUCUUCAUCGAGAUUUGCUCCAGACAUCAUUUUUAUGUUAACGAAAGCCUCUGAAUGUUAGAUGAUAUUGAUAUAUUAGGUGCGCAAAUAGAAUUGGAGCGGAAAAUACAUAAAAAGAAACACCUAUAAAAUUUUUAAUUUUAAAUCUUUUGGAAAAUUCUAGACAAAAAAGCAAAGUAAUGCUUUAUAAAUAGUACUUAUUCAAUUACAGCCUCUAGUUAAUUUCGGAAGCGAAUACAGGUAAAUUUUUAUAUCCCAGCAGAUAAAUUUUGAAAUCCUAGCAGACUCUUUCCCUCAGCUCACAUUUAUUGUUAUAAGCAAUUCCAUUAGUAGUCCUUUCAACAGAGCUCUGAACAUCAUAGUCCAGAAGACUGCAGACAGAUGAAUUUGGAGCAGAGGAAACAUGGUAAAAAAUAUUAUCCUUGAACCACUUUUUAUCUGUUUCUGUGCUGAUGCAGAAUUUUGCUGUAACAUGAAGUUGUCCUGCUUGAAGUUCUUCCUGGAACAACUUCAAGCCAGGAUUUGACUACGGUCGUCAGAACGUUUUGGCACAUAUUUUGAUUCACUGCCAGACCUUCUUCAAAGGUGGCGACUGCUGCACAUUUGCCACGCGUUAGCACGAUCGUGCACCGCCCCCACGUUAAAGUCAGAAUCCUCCAACUGUUUUCGAAUUCUGUAAAUUGUCCUUUCUCUCAAUCAUAACUUCAAUUGUCUAGGAUGUCAUUGUGGGUGAUCAUAGAGAUGGAGUAAACCAGCGGUUCUCAGCCUUUAGACUAACACGUACCAUCUAAACCAAAAUUGGAAAACUUUAAUACCAACGAUUAUUUUUCAAUUUCUCAACAGAAAUAUUUAAAAAAGUAUAUUUUGCCAUUUGCACAACCUACUGGAUACUUGUAUUAAAUAUGCACACAUAAAAAAUAAUAGAUUAAAUAUUGGCUAUCAAUUUAAUUAUCAAAAUGUAGGUUAUAAUACUUUGAUUCUAAAAUUUAGUACCAAAUUUGGGCCUUAAAGGUAGAUCAAUGUUUUUAUGUCUGGUCUUAUUUCACUCAGUUUUAGCCAUAAAUUAGGAUCCAGUUUUAAUUUUGUUCUGUAUUUAUUUUUCAAAUAUAACAUGGAAUAAAAUCCUUGCUCACACCAAUAGGUUGUGGAAAAAGGCGGUAAAAAUUGAAUAACUUUAUUUGAAAUGCCUUUAAAUUCUUUUUUCCAGUUCAGCCAAUAAAAUUUCAGGUAUAUUUGAACAAAAUGGAUUUCUUAUCCAAUUUCCUUUUUCAUAAUCUUUGGGAAAAUACAUG